CCAGAUUACAAAUAGAAAGAGAGACUCAGUGGCCAUAGAGAAUUGAAUAGCCAAAAUGAAUAGCUUCCUUUCAAGAGAGUCUAUUCUUGUCAUUUUGCUUUUAGCGAUUUGCUUUGUUAGUGAAGCUCAAAAAUGUCGUCCAAGUGGAAUGAUAAGAGGAAAGAAGUCUCCUUCUGGACAAUGUAACCAGGAGCAAGACCCUGACUGUUGUAGACCGGGUAAAAUGUACCCGACCUACACAUGCUCGCCCGCAGUGUCUGGGAACACCCACGCCUACCUCACUCUCAACAGUUUCGAGGCAGGUGGUGAUGGCAGACUUCCAUCAGAAUGCGAUAACAAAUACCACAAUGACAGCACUCCAAUCGUGGCACUCUCCACUGGAUGGUACAAGAAUGGAGGAAGGUGCCAUAACAACAUUAAAAUUACUGCUAAUGAUCGCAGUGUGGUGGCCAUGGUGGUAGAUGAAUGUAACUCUACUAGGGGAUGUGAUGCAGAUCAUGACUACCUGCCUCCUUGUGCUAACAACAUUAUUGUUGCCUCCAAGGCUGUUUGGGAAGGCUUGCAUGUGUCUAAAGAAAACUGGGGCGGAUUAGAUGUCACCUGGAAUGACGCCUAAUUAGUUACACUAGUAAAUGUUUAGCUUGUUCGGUUUUGUAUUUUGUGUUUAUGUACGUGUCCUGUGUGGUAUAAUAUGUCACCUUGUAACUUUUUGAUAAUUUGAAUGUGAGUUUCAAUAAGCAAUAAGAA